AUGACAUUAAUAUCUCAUACUCUUCAACAAGCUUUUACCGAACAAGAAAUGAAACUCAGGCUUGAUCCUUAUCAAAAGUCAAAAGAGCAUUACCCAUUUUUUGUACCACUCUGCGCUUAUCGUAUUUUUAUAAAACUGUAUCAUGGACUUAUAGACAACCAAAACUUCAAGCACAUAGCGGAAAAUACAUAA